AUGGCCAUAUUCGCUGCGCUUGUAUGGCUGGUGUGGCACUAUCGAAAGCGGGCUUUGGUAGCACAAGAGGACCAUGAGAGACGAAUUAUCCCGGACGAAAAGGGAUUUCAGAAAGCAGAGCUGGAUGGAAGUGCGACUAGGGUUGCGAGUUGGAAGAAGCCAUUUGAGGUGUUACACCUCUCACGUGUCAGGCAUGAGCUGAGUGCAGACACGACCAAGCCGAGUUCGCCGGCCGAGCUCCCUGGCGACCUAGAUUUUCCACGAUGA